UCUGCUGAUGAUAAAUACAGGCAGUGCCUUAGAAUAGCUUUCAUGUAUUCAAAGGACAGAAAACAAUUGUACCAAAGUUAAAACAGUAUGCUGCUUAAUCGGAUAUAUUUUCUAAAGGUUUCCUCCCAUGUUGCCUGUUAAGGCACAGUGAUUUGUGGCACAUUUUGGUAACUCUAAAGGGUAAUUUACCAGGUGGCCUUAAAUGUGUUGCCAUCUACUUUCUGUAGCUACAUGGCUUCAAGUCACACAGUGAAUCCAUGAGGUUUACAAGACUUUCUUUGACAAGUGCUUUUAUCUUAGGUUGCCCAAUGGCAGAUGGAUAACAUCUGAAUGCAGCUCUACUCUGUCCAUCCAUUCAUUGGUUGACUGAAGAUGUGCACCAAAAUACUCUUUUGCAUGACUGCACAACUUGCAAUUGCGCAUACCCAACCCCACGAGUUUGUAAGUACAUUGGGAUGUGUGAAAGUUAGGCCAGAACCAAGUAGGAGCUCAGGUAAGUCUCCAUGCAAUGAGUUCAAUGAUGUCAAGACACUGAGAAGCUAUCCUAGAAUAUAUGCUUUAGGGGACAUUACGAAGCUGACCCAAGAUAUUUUUUUUCCUGUCUGUCACAAAAGUUCAAAUGGCUUAGCCCCUCCCUUACAGAAAUGAGAGUGAAAGUAAAAUCAGCACUGAAAACAAAGUUUGUUGCUACACACCAGGAUAGUAUGGUAGUUUAGGAGAUGCAGGGCAGAUUUCACAGCAUCUAUAGCUAUGUCCUCCAGCAUCUCAUUGCUAUCUUCCCGGUAUGUGAGCCCGAGGCCCCUUCUACACAGCUGUAUAGAAUCCAGAUUAUCUGUUUUGAAUUGGAUUACCUUGCAAUGUAGACUCGGAUAAUCCAGUUCAAAGCAGAUAAUUUGGAUUAUCUGCUUUGAUAUUCUGGAUUAUAUGACAGUACAGAAGGGCCCUGCGAUAGGAGUCACUCCACUUUGCUUAAUGGGUAGUUGGGUGGCUCAAUGUGGUAAAACGUGAUUGGUUUUAUUCGGGAAUUAUUAAAAUAAAACUUCUAGAUAAGAGACCUAGGUCUCUUCUACACCGCCAGAUAAUCCAGGUUAUUAAAUCACAAAAUCCACAUUAUCUGAUUAGAACUGGAUUAUUUUAGGCCCCUUCCACACUGUCUUUAUAUCCCAGAGUCUGUUCCCAGAUUAUCUGUUUAUCCCAGGUUAUUUGGCAGUAGGGACUUAAUCUAAUUUAAAGCAGAUAAUCUGGGAUCAGAUCCUGGGAUAUAGGGUAGUGUGGAAGAGGCCUGAGUCUACACUGUCAUAUAAUACAGUUCAAGGCAGAUAAUGUGAAUUUUAUGCAGCUGUGUAGAAGGGGCCCUAAAUACCAUGGGGACUGCAGUCUUGGAAAAACUACUUUUUAACAAUGUAAAUAUAAAGCAGAUUCAUUCAUUUCAAACUUAAACCAAUCUGUUAUUUGUAGCAAAUGAAGCCAAAUACUCCCAUUUAAUACAAAGCUCUCUACAAUAUGAACAUUUAAAUAAAAUAUAUAAGUAGAGGCCGCGGUGGCGCAAUGGGUUAAACCCUUGUGAACUGCUGACCUGAAGGUUGGGUUGCCGACCUGAAGGUUGCUGGUUCGAAUCUGUGAAACGAGGCAAGCUUCUGUCUGUCAGCUCUAGCUUGUGGGGACAUAAGAGAAGCCUCCCAGCAGGAUGGUAACACAUCCGGGCGUCCCCUGGGCAACAUCUUUGUAGACAGCCAAUUCUCUCAUACCAGAAGCGACUUGCAGUAUGUUCUCAAGUCACUUGUGACACAAUAAAAGUAGAUCCAAAGACCCAUCCAGUAGAAAAUAAAGCAAAAUGGUGUCUUGAGAACAGAAUUAGUAAUAUGGUGCAUCCCUUAAACCAGAAGUAUCAAGCUUGUGGCUCUCCUGAUGUUUGGGACUUCAACUCCCAGAAGCCCUAGCCAUCUUGUCCAAUGGCCAGGAAUUAUGGGAGCUGAAGUCCCAAACACCUGGAGAGUCACAACUUUUGCCUUAAACUGUAACACUGGCAUGACAUGGACAUAUUCAGAUACAAAUCUACAUGUAAGAUGCUAUGGUCAGGAGUGGGAACAAUGUGAUCCUCUAGAAGUCGUUGGACUCAAGUACCCAGCAUUUCUCAUCAUUUUCUAUGCUGGCAAGGACUGCUGAGAAUUGCAAUCCAGCAGCUGUAAAACUCCAUCCCUGCCGUAGAUCAAGGCUGUGAAAAGCUUGAUUUAGGGAUACGGUGUGGUUGUCACAAUUUCUGGAAUAUUUUGAAUCAGAAAGUCUUGUUAAUUUAUUCAAAAACAUCCAAUCAUCUAAUAUUAGAUCCCAAUCUCCCUCCUGUCCAUCUUUGCUCUAGCAGAUUACAGUAUUUACCCAAAUGGUUACUUCUACAGCACAUUACAAAUGUUCUGCCAAGUUGCUGACCUCCGGGCAUUGAUUGACCUCAUGAACAGCUGUAUAGAUGGGGCCAGGGAAGUCUAUAAAAAAGGUGAGAUCAUUAAGAACGGUUCCUCAUUUUCAGUCCCAGUCACCCAAAGCCAUGAAGGUUUUAUUAGCAUUUUUGAUUUAUAUUCCAUUAGCCACAGCUCUGAUAAGGAUCCCUCUAGUUCGGUUUAAUUCUAUCAGAGGAACACUUCGGAAAAAGGGAGAACUGGAUCAGUUCUGGAGAGAUCAUCUGCCCGAUGAUUUUGCUCAGAAAUAUCUGCAUUGCUUCCCUUCAGAUACUGUUCUGUCUGCAGGACCUGCAAAAGUAAAGCUCUGUGACUACAUGAAUACUGAAUAUUAUGGAGAGGUGAGCAUUGGCACUCCAGCUCAGAAAUUCACAGUGAUCUUUGACACUGGCUCUGCUGAUUUUUGGGUCCCUUCAGCUUAUUGCAUCAGUGAUGCUUGUGAGUUGCAUCAAAAAUUCAAGGCAUUUUCAUCAGAGUCUUAUGCACACGGAGGGCAGAAAUUUACAUUGCAGUAUGGCACAGGGAGACUCAUGGGUAUUGUUGCCAAAGACAAGGUACAGAUCGGCAACAUUACAAUCGAAGACCAAGCCUUCGGAGAGUCUGUUUUUGAACCUGGCAUGACUUUUGCCUUCGCACACUUUGAUGGAGUUCUGGGCUUGGGAUAUCCAACCUUGUCAGUAACCAACUCAAUGCCAGUAUUUGACAAUAUAAUAAAGCAACAUUUGGUAGAGGAACCUCUCUUUUCCUUCAGCUUGAACAGAGAACACAACGUUGAUAAUGGAGGUGUAUUGAUUCUUGGGGGCAUAGACCAUUCCCUCUUCACAGGCCCCAUUCAUUGGUUUCCUGUCACUAAGAAAGGUUACUGGCAAAUUCAUAUGAACAGUGUGAAAAUCCAAGGACAGGUCACAUCAUGUAUCUCUGGCUGUGAAGCCAUUGUCGAUUCAGGCACUUCGCUCAUUACUGGCCCACUUUCGCAAAUAGUGAGACUGCAACAAAGUAUUGGAGCCUUCCCAACUGCAACUGGAGAGUUCCUUGUAGACUGCAGAAGAGUAUCCAGUCUGCCCCCAGUAACCUUUUCCAUUGGGGAGAGAGAAUUUACACUAACUGCAGAGAAUUACAUAAUCAAGGAGUUUGAUGGAAAAGAAAAUUUGUGUCUCAGUGGUUUUCAGGCUCAGGACAUCAGCAGCCACAACAUGCCUCUGUGGAUUCUGGGAGAUGUAUUUAUGUCUGCUUUUUAUUGUGUCUUUGAUCGUGGGAAUGAUAGAGUUGGGUUUGCAAAGCCUGCUGCUCAUACAGCGAAGUAUUAUUAGAAGGUGUAGAAACUCAUUAAUGGAAACUUGCAGAACACUAAUGACCCUUCCCUACAUGACAGUAACUCUAGAUGGGUUGGCAGGAUCAUAGAAUCAUCGUGUUGGAAGAGACCAUACAGGCCAUCCAGUCCAACCCCCUGCCAUGCAGGAAAGGCAUAAUCAAAGCACCCCAAACAGAUGGCCACUCAACUUCUGUUGAAAAGCCUCCAAAGUAGGAGCCUCCACUACACUCUGAGGCAGUGAGUUCCACUGUUGAACAGCUCUCAUGGUCAGGAAGUUCUUCCUAAUGUUCAAAUUGAAUCUCCUUUCCUGUCAUUUGAACCCAUUAUUCCGCGUCCUGGUCUCCAGGGCAGCAGAAAACAAGCCUGUGUCCCUCCUCCUUAUGGCAUCCUUUCGAAAAUUUAAACACUACUAUCAUUUCUCCUCUCAGCCUUCUCUUCUGCAGGCUAAACAUCUCCAGCUCUUUAAGCUGCACCUCAUAGGACAUGAUCACCAGACCAUUAUUUGUAUUAUUUUUUGCCACAUGGCUAUGGAUGCUCUAUUAUCCACCUUCAUGCACACCCAAUACACAUUAACAUAUUAAUAUAAUAAUCACGGAUGUCAUGUGUCAGAGUGCUUAUGAGAUGGGUAUAAUUUUUUUAAGCCUACAUAGACAAGUUGAUAUGUUAGUCUCUUAGUGAGAUUUUUCUCUAUUAAAUGAAGGUCUAGUAUAACUAAUGGUCUGGUAUAACUAAUCGAAGUGGACCCCUAAUCGGUUUGCUAACCUCUUCUCCACCAGUCUUGCCUGCAUUCUGUCAGGCGUGACAUUGCACUUUGUCAGAUACAUAUUAGAAGUAAAAUAACAUUUGGGGAAACUAAUAAUCUGUACCUAAAUUUUCUGUCAACAUGUGAGAGGGUUUCUCAUCUUCAUCAGUGGACCAAACCUGAUUGUAGAAAUAGAAGGGCAAGGCACCCAGUAAUUUUCUACAGCCAUUGUAUGUUCAAAGCCAUUGUGACCUCAUUUCUGCCCACUUGAUGUUUUCAGAUCAGGUCUAGAUGCAAAUGUGCAAAUCAAUUAAAAUUGGUCAAGAAAACGA